UUUAUCUGUGGAGGGUGGAGCUAAGGUGGUUUGGGAAAUCGAAAUUCUGGUUGUUUUAUGAAAUAAUUUGCUUGAUUCAUGUAAAUAAUUAGCAAAAUGAUCGAUUUACUUAGUUACUUACAUUGUAUCUGCAGCGGUAUUGUUAAUUGGAACUAAAAUUCAGCUUUCCAGAUUGUCAAUAUUGACAAGCAGGUUAAAAUGUCGAAGCGUACAGCCGACGAGAGCGGCAAUGGCAGUAGCCAGCCUGCUAUCAAGAAAGUUCAUUUUGAACCCCAUCUCAUCGGGCCCGUCUCCACACUGGAAGAAAUGGACAUCAAAGUCCUACAGUUUCAGAACAAGAAGUUGGCACAGCGCAUUGAACAACGCCACAGAUGUGAAGCGGAGCUUCGGGCUCGAAUAGAACAGCUAGAAAAACGGCAAACACAAGAUGAUGCGGUUCUUUGUGUAGUGAAUCGCUACUGGAAUCUGCUAAAUGAGGAUAUCAGAGUUCUAUUGCAACGUUUUGAUGCUGAGACUGCUGAUGAGUCUGAAAAUAAAAAUGAAAAUGAAGCGACCACUUCGUUUUUAAUGCAAUUGUCGACGUGGGACAAAGAGGAGCUUGACGCUCAGCUAGCGAACCGAGUACAAGUGAGCAAACGAGCAGUGGCAAAAGUCCUCCAGGCGUUUGACAGGCUCCAGCAGCGGAACGAUAAGAUAUGGCGCGCUAUAAAGGGAGAAGGCGAAGAGGGUGCGCCCGCGCCGGCUCUCGAUGAGGUGGUGCGUGCGACCAACGCGGAGGUAACGGCGGAGUCGCGCCGGCUGCAGGCGCUGUGCACGGCGCUGCACGAGGGACACCACGCCAUGACGCUGCGUGUGGCGCGGCUUCAAGACGCCGUCAACAGCCGGGACACGGAGAACGCAGAGUUGAAGAACCAGAUUGACGACCUGCAGUAUGAGCUCAUGAAGGUGCGGUCGCGGAACGACAAGCUGGAGAACCACCUCGCCGAGGCCAUCGAGAAGUUGAAGAGCUACCACCAGUCGGGCGCCACGAUCAGCGCCGCGCCGGCCGCCGGGCCCGCGCCGCACUCCGCCGCCAGCGCCAAGCUGGAGGACGUGGCGGCCGAGCUGGAGGAGCAGCGCGAGCUGGCCACCAACCGCCUGGCCGAGCUCGACCGCCUGCACCGCCAGCACCGCGACACGCUCAAGGAGCUCGAGAAGCUGAAGAUGGACAUCCGCCAGCUGCCAGAGUCUGUGAUAGUGGAGACGACGGAGUACAAAUGCCUGCAGAGUCAGUUCUCGGUGCUGUACAACGAGUCCAUGCAGAUGAAGACGGCGCUCGACGAGACAAGGCUGCAGCUCCAAAACGCCAAGAACCUGCACAUGAGGCAGAUUGAAAUGAUGGAGAGCGAGGAGCUAGCGCGCCAAAAGGCUCUCCGCGCCGAGAUGAUCCAGCUGGAAGACGUGCUCGGCCAGCUGAGGAAGGAGUACGAAAUGCUGCGCAUCGAAUUCGAGCAGAAUCUCGCCGCCAACGAGCAGACCGGGCCCAUCAACCGCGAGAUGCGCCACCUCAUCACCUCGCUGCAGAACCACAACCAGCAACUAAAAGGCGAAGUGCACCGAUAUAAGCGGAAGUAUAAGGACUCCAGCCAAGAACUUAACAAGUUGCGGAAAGAGAUGGAAGACUCGGCCGGCCGCGUGGCGGGGACUGAAGCCACUGAGGAAAAACCGUUGGCCGUUAAAAAGGAAGAACCCGAUCCCGAGGGGUCGGAGGGCAGCAGCGGCGCGGGCGCCGAGGCCAAGGGCAAGGAGCACGCGCGCGCCAAGCUGCAGGAGCAGGACCAGAUCAUCAAGGAGCUCAAGCAGCAGCUCAAGAAAGCGGUGAAUGAACAGAAGGAGCUGAAACUCCUUCUGGACAUGUACAAGGGAGUGAGCAAAGAGCAACGCGACAAGGUGCAGCUUAUGGCCGCCGAGCGCAAGGCGCGCCAGGAGCUCGAGGACCACCGCCAGAAGGCCAAGAUGGCGCAGGAAAGUAAGCGUGAGCGGCGCUUAGCAGAUGAAGACGCGUUGCGCAAGAUCAAGCAACUAGAGGAACAGAAGUACGAGCUACAGAAGCAGUUGUCUUGUGCGCGGCCCAACGCCGACCCGUUGCACGCCUUCUCUAGGCCGUUUGCUGGAUCUCAGGAAGAAGAAGCCCUGCUGAACGAGAUGGAAGUAACCGGGCAGGCCUUCGAGGACAUGCAGGAGCAGAACUCGCGGCUGAUCCAGCAAUUACGUGAGAAAGACGACGCCAACUUCAAGCUGAUGUCGGAGCGGAUCAAGGCCAACUCGCUGCACAAGCUGCUGCGCGAGGAGAAGCAGCUGCUGCAGGAACAGGUCAUAACCCGCGACCAGCAGAUCGAGUCCAUGGGCCUGGUGGCGCGGCGGCUGGAGGAGAAGGAGCGGCUGCUGCAGGCCACGCUCUCCGCCGUCGAGAAGGAACUGUUACUGCGGCAACAGGCCAUGGAGAUGCACAAGCGGAAGGCCAUCGAGUCGGCGCAGUCCGCCGCCGACCUCAAGCUGCAUUUAGAAAAAUACCACGCGCAGAUGAAGGAGGCGCAACAGGUCGUCGCUGAGAAGACGAGCGCGCUCGAAGCGGAAGCGUACAAAACAAAAAGACUACACGAGGAGCUGGCGAUCCUGCGGCGCAAGGCGGAGCGCAUGAAGAAAAUGGAGCAGGCCGGCAGCAGCAUGGACGAGGUGCUGCUCGAGGAGAUCCGCGAGUACAAGGAGACGCUCACCUGCCCCUCGUGCAAGGUGAAACGCAAGGACGCAGUCCUGACGAAGUGUUUCCACGUGUUCUGCUGGGACUGCCUACGCACGCGCUACGAGACCCGCCAGCGCAAGUGCCCCAAGUGCAACGCGGCCUUCGGCGCCAACGACUACCAUCGCCUGUACCUCUCCACCUAAGCGCCCGGUCUACGGGGCCUUACGGGGCCUGGACCCCGGAACACGGACAAAUCAUCACAAAGGGCGAAACGACCGGUAAUGUAACACGCUUCAUUGAAAUCGAUACGUUUAUAUUCUCUUACGGGGCCCGAACCCCGUAAUAGUACUGUUACGGGGUUCAGGCUGUUUGUCACACCAUCACAACACCAGGGUGGUAAUGUGACGCACGUUUCACAAGAGACGCAAAAAACUAUGUAACUGCUCGCGCACCGAUUUAUUAGCUAGAACAUUUUUAUGUAAACAUGACAUGGUUGUAAACACGGUUUGUGUGAGAUGUGUUAAAUAAGUAACAAUGUUACAUUUUAAUGUCGUAUAUGUGUCGCACGAUGUAUGUACCUAUAUUACGCAACCUUCUAACAAUAGUUAUUUUGUUUUAAUUAAAAUACAUCCGAGGUUUUUUUAUUCAAAAAUGAAACCCGUAUCAAUAUUAACAAUGUCAAACGUCGUAAAGUAUGCUAACCGUGUUAUAUUCCUGUGCGUUUUAGUGUCCUGAAAAACGAUAGAUCGGGGUAUUAUUUGCGCCAUGGCUGGCGGAAGAGCCUCAGUAUCUCCAAAAACGUCUUUGAAAAACACUUCCCAUCGUUUGAAUUGACUGCUCGUUUGAGCCACCCUUUUUAUAUCAAAGUUUACGAGUUCAUGCACUUCUUAUAAAAAUAUCACAUAUUUUUAAAUGUAAGAUUUUGAUAAAGAUAACCAGCUAAUGGUGUAAAGUUGACUCUCGUGGUUUAACAGUUAAGUGCAAAAGCGAAAGAUACAGGAGAUCCAGAAUUUUCUUUCUUUUCAUUAUGGUCUCACGCGGUAUAAAUAUUAAGGGCGAGUACUACAUUUAGAAUUAUGGAGAAAACACACAUUGUAUAUUAAUAUUUUUUACUUCAAAUAGUUGACAAAAUAAAACGCCUAAAGGCUUCAAGUCUUACUACAUUUGUGUGCAAUGAAAAAAAUAUGUUAUCAAAUUAGGUAUUACCGAUUUAGUGAAUAAUAAAAGCGAUUUACGUGCGCCUGUAUUAGCCAAUGAGUUCACGUUUCUGGGAUAGUUUUGAAGACCCCGACACAUUCUU